GGGUUACCGCGUCGGCUGGGUACAGUCGCCCAGGGCCGGGAGGGACGCGGCUGGCGCCGCUGCGGCCGCGGGGGGCGGGGAGGCGGCCGUGAGGAGGCGGAGCUGCGAGGCCGCCCGUCGCCGGGCCGCCGCCGCGGUGCCCGCUCCUCCCCGCGCCGUGCCGCGCCGUGCCCCGCCCGGCCGCCUCGCCUCCUCCGCGGCGGGCCCCCCUCGCAGCUGCGCGGCCGCGGACACCGAGGCAGGCGCGAGCCAUGGAGGGCAACCGCGACGAGGCGGAGAAAUGCGUGCAGAUCGCUCGCGAGGCCCUGAGCGCCGGCAACCGCGACAAGGCCCAGCGCUUCCUGCAGAAGGCCGAGAAGCUGUACCCGCUGCCGGCCGCGCGCGCGUUAUUGGAAAUAAUUAUGAAAAACGGAAGCACUGCUGGAAAUAGCACACAUUGCCGAAAACCUCCAGGGAGCAGCGACCAGAGCAAGCCCAGCUGCGGGAAGGAGGGCACAUCUGGUGCUGGUGAAGGCGGGAAAGUCUACACCAAAGACCAAGUAGAGGGCGUGCUCAGCAUAAACAAAUGUAAGAAUUACUACGAAGUCCUUGGUGUUACAAAAGAUGCUGGUGAUGAAGAUUUGAAAAAAGCUUAUAGGAAGCUUGCUUUGAAGUUUCAUCCAGACAAAAACCAUGCCCCUGGAGCCACGGAUGCUUUCAAAAAGAUUGGAAAUGCUUACGCUGUUUUAAGCAAUCCAGAGAAACGAAAACAGUAUGACCUCACAGGCAGCGAAGAGCAAGCUUGUAAUCCCCAGAACAACGGCAGGUUCAAUUUUCACCGAGGCUGUGAAGCCGACAUAACUCCGGAAGACCUGUUCAAUAUCUUCUUUGGCGGCGGAUUUCCUUCAGGUAGCGUACAUUCAUUUUCAAAUGGCCGGGCAGCGUACAGCCAUCAACAGCAGCACCGACACAGUGGGCAUGAAAGAGAAGAAGAAAGAGGAGAUGGAGGCUUUUCUGUGUUCAUUCAGCUCAUGCCCAUCAUUGUGUUGAUCCUUGUGUCCUUGUUAAGCCAACUGAUGGUCUCGAAUCCUCCAUAUUCCUUAUAUCCCAGAUCUGGCUCAGGACAAACUAUUAAAAUGCAGACAGAAAACUUGGGUGUUGUUUAUUAUGUCAGUAAAGACUUUAAAAGCGAAUAUAAAGGAACACUAUUACAAAAGGUGGAAAAGAGCGUGGAAGAGGAUUAUGUGACUAAUAUUCGAAAUAAUUGCUGGAAAGAAAGACAGCAGAAAACUGAUAUGCAGUAUGCAGCAAAAGUGUACCGUGAUGAGCGGCUGCAGAGGAAGGCGGACGCCCUGAGCAUGGACAACUGCAAAGAGCUGGAGCGGCUGACCAGUCUCUACAAGGGGGGGUAGUCCGGGAGUCCCGCCUGCUCCUUUUCGUGUACUCUGUCUCCUCUGUAAAUUUCAUGUUGCCAUGAAGCCGAAGAAGAUUUGAUUAAAGACUAAGCUGAGUAGUUGA